AUGGAUUUUUGCUUUAUACUUGUAACACACAUUGUUGAAACAUCUUCCCUGAUACACGGUAAAUCAUCCUUCCGACACUGGAAAAGAUCAUCUUCCAACAAUGUAAGAUCAUCUUCCCAGACACUGGUAAGAUCAUCUUUCCAAGACACACUGGUAAUAGAUCAUCUUCCAGACACAUGCAUCAAUAACAAGUAUAUGCCAGGGCAGGAAGUUGAGCCAGAAAUCUUAUUUCCAAGCUGCCUGCAUCAUCAAGAGAACCCGGAGCUACAAAGUAAUGGCCAAGUUUAUAUUGAUAAAACCUCCGCAACAGAAACGGUGGCACAAAACAAUCUUGCUCUUCGGCAACAACUUGGACUAGUAGUCAAGUGGAGACAGCAGAAUGAACUACAUCAGCAAGAGCAACGCAAGUGCAUCCAUGAGUUUACCCAGCAGCUGUCCACUCUUCAGCAAGAAAAUGCUAGUCUGAGAUCUCAACUUGCUGGUUCAAAGACCUCAACACAUAUUCAAGACUUACAGACUAUAAAGUUAUUGAAACACACGCUUUGGAAUUGCAGAGAGGAACUGCGGCGCGCUGAGAGCGCGUGUCGUGUGCUGCGGGAAAAACUGAUAUCAGAGAGCCAGCUAGAUGAGGGAGACAUCACACUGUUGAAGUGUGACUUGACUACAAGUCGCAGUGAGCAAGAGAGACUGCAGCUGGAGAGGUUUGAGCUUUUAAAUACAGCAAGUGAACUUCGUCUUCAACUACGUCAACUUCGUGAGGGCGCUGAUGCCAAGGCACGCUCCUUGGAAACUACUCCUGUUGAGGAGGGAAUAGGUGGGCUACUUACUGAAGCAGAUGUAAAAAAAUUACGCAGCCAGCUUAAAAAGGAACAAGAUACUUCAGCCACUCUGUUACAGGAACUCCAUGAUACACGGACCCAGGUUGAAGGCUUAGAAUCGGAGGUUCAGCGAGCUCAAGAGGAAGCAGCACUUCAUCGUGAUCGUUGCCGCAGCUUACAAUCCAGUGUAAUUCAUGGCAAAGGUGCAGCUUUCAGCACUACACCUGAUGCCCUUAUUAAGGAUCCAGCGGAUGCCUUGGAGAAGAAGCGUCUUCGAGACGAGGCAGCCAUGCUUCGCGAAGAAGUAGAUACCUUGGAAGCUGCACUGGCUGCAGAAAGGCAGAAAACUAAUGAUGAGAGGACAGCUCUCACCAGGGCUCGCACAGAAAUCAACCGUUUAAAGAAGGACCUACAGGAACUGAAAGAUCGAGCUGAGAGAGACACACACAAUGACCAAUAUUAUCAAGUCAAGAUAAAGUCUAUUAGUGAAAAACAUGAUGAAGCCACAGCCAAGCUUAUGUCAUAUGAAGAAUUGUUAGCUGCCAAGAAUGACGAGCUGUCCAAAAUUAAGAAAGAGCUUGGCCAAACAAAAGCUGCUCUGGCUGAACGCACAAGUGAAAGUGAGACUAUUGCAAUACUCAGAGCUCAGGUAAAGUUAGAUAUGUUAGAGCACAAUGUGUAUUUCAGUCAAGGCCGAGGUUCCAGAGCUGGUUCUGAGGAGCCAACUGUAGCUGCCUCUGGUGGAGGUCUGCAAGAAGCAUUGUGGGAGAAACUCAGCACCUCGUCUGACAAGAAGGUUAAAACUUGGAUUGUUUGUGUACUCACCUAGGUUUAAUUAUCUAUUUGUAGCUACGG